CGUUGAGUUCCCGAAUAGCGAAUAGAUUUGGAAACUUGGAAAUCCAUUGCCAUUGACAGAAAGGCGUUCAAAUCACAAAACCUAAAACCCAACCUAGCCCUCUCUCUCUCUGUCCUUCUCUCUCUCCUCUCCCUGUUCCAAGAGAGAGAAAAGCAUCAGCUCUGAGAAUCUGAGACAGAGAGAGGGCCAACCCAACCCAACCCAACCCAUUCCUACUCCCUUCCCAAAUCACUCUCCUCUCUCCGGUCCAAAUUCCGAUCGCCGCCGCCAACUACCUCUCCGACCUCCGUCGAACCAUCUCCAAUUCUCACAUGAUUCCCUUUCCUCUCCAACUUUGAUGCGACGAUCGAAUGCACGAAAUCGGGUCGCCUCAAAUUCCAACAGCGACAAUAACAGCAAAAAGAUGAUGGAUCCGGCAAUGAAGCUCCAGCUCCGUUCCGCAACCACCACCACAACCUCCUCCCCCAGCCGCCCCAGCCUCUUCCCGCGCCACAUCCCCAAACCCUCCACAACCACCACCUCAAAAUCACGAUUCGCCUGCAUCGCAACCCUCCUUUUAACCCUCCUCUUGCUCCUUACCUACAAAAUCAUUUCCUCAAAAUCAUCACCAUCAUCUUCUUAUUCCUCUUCCCACCAACGGGUGCGCUAUGGUAUAAUCCUAGACGGUGGGAGCACGGGUACGCGGAUCCACGUGUUGCGUAGUGGCGGCGGCGGUGGUAUUAAGGAGAGGGAGUUGUUGGAUUUGGGGUCGAUGAGGGUGAACCCUGGGUUGUCGUCGUUCGCGAAGGAUCCAGAAGGUGCAGGGAGGUCCGUUUCGGAACUUGUGGAGUUCGGGAAGGGGAAGGUUCCCAGGGAGAAGUGGGCCCACACCGAGAUUAGGCUCAUGGCCACCGCUGGGAUGAGGUUGUUGGGCCCUGAGGCCCAAGGGAGGAUAUUGGAGGCUUGUAGGAGGGUCCUCCGUAGCUCCGGUUUCAAGUUUAGGGACGAUUGGGCCUCUGUCAUAAGCUCUGAUGAAGGAAUCUAUGCUUGGGUUGUUGCUAAUUAUGCACUUGGCACUCUUGGAGGUGAUCCCUUGGAUACAACUGGGAUUAUUGAACUUGGUGGGGCAUCUGCUCAGGUGACCUUUGUAUCUAGAGAACUGACACAAUCUGGGUCCUCACACAUUGUUAAAUUUGGGAACACCACUUACAAUCUUUACAGCCACAGCUUUCUACAUUAUGGCCUGAAUGUUGCUCAUGACUCAUGGAGAGAAGCACUUGUAUCAAAAGAUUUUAACAUGGCUUCUCAAUCUCUUCAGGAGGGGUUGCGAAUAGAUCCUUGUACACCUACUGGGUACUUGCAUAAUGUUGAGUCAUGGAAGUUCUCUCCUAGCUCAGGGAGUGAUCAAAGCCAAUAUCAGCCAACUGUUCAAACGAAAGGGAACUUUUCAGAGUGCAGAUCUGCAGCAUUGAUGCUAUUACAAAGAGGAAAAGAUAAGUGUACCCAUCAGCAUUGUGACUUAGGAUCAAAUUUCAUACCUCACCUUCAAGGGAGAUUCUUGGCCACAGAAAAUUUCUUUCACACCUCAAAGUUUUUUGGAUUGGGGUCAAAGGCAUAUCUGUCCGAAUUGAUGAGUGCUGGGCAAAAUUACUGUGGGGAGGAUUGGUUAAGGCUAAAGAAAAAAUACAUUUCCCAUGAUGAGGAAGAUUUACUUCGAUAUUGCUUCUCUUCAGCAUACAUUGUUGCUAUGCUUCAUGACAGUCUUGGCAUUGCUUUGAAUGAUGAAAGGAUCAAGGUUGCUAAUAAGGUUGGAGAUAUUCCCCUUGAUUGGGCUUUGGGAGCUUUUAUUCUCCAAACCACCACUGCCACUGAUGCGGACGUACAGAACAAUCAUAGCUGGGGUGCUGCCACCAUUUUCAGUGAUGAAUCACCUACUCUCCUCUCAGUAAUUGGAAUUUUUAUAAUACUGCUGUUAACAGCUUGGUCAAUAUCCAGGUGGAGGAAACCUCAGUUGAAGACAAUUUACGAUCUAGAAAAAGGGAGAUAUAUAAUUACGCGAGUUGGUAGAUAAUACAUAAUAUAGUAGACCAGAUCCAUGCUUCUGGUUGGCAUAUGUGGAGUGACAUUUUAUCACCUUGUGGCCAUAUCACGACUCACUUUGAGUGAGACUGAGAUUGUACAUCAUUGGAUUUUGGAUUUUGGAUUUGGAUGCAGCAUAGUGGAGAGAGACUAGUGUUACAUUAGUGAUGACAUUCCAUUGUGUAUUUAGUGGAAUGAAUGAAUCAAGAAACUGAUACUGUUAUGCCGUUUAUGUCAGAGAGCGGUAGUGGUCGGGCCAGCCUAGGGAAUGAAUGAAUUCGGGGUAGGCAAUGGAUGCUGCAUCCCUCCACAGAAAAUGUCUUGUUAUGGAUAUGGUCUUUGUACCAAACUCAGCAGCCUAAAAAAUCUACUGAAUUGAAGUUAGCAAACUGCUACUGCAUGUACAGCAAAAAGCUCUGUCCAUCCCUUCCAGGGAACCUAAUUUUGCAGAAGCUGAUUGUGGAUACGUUGCAACUUAUUUAGAAGAUAAUAUAAAUAUAAACUCACGUCAUAGACAUUCUUUAAUACUUUGCAAAAUCUCAUAGUUAGAUCAGUUAUUUGUUUGUACCAGAGUUUGUUGUGUGAAGCAGCCAAUCGAUGCUUCACAUGAUGCAAAAACAACAAACUCGUACAGUCUGGGAUUGAUAGCAUGAAUGGCAUGUCAAAGUAAUAUGCGAUAUCCAA